AUGUAAAAGGCUAAAAUGAUAGAAAAUGAAAAAAAUUUCCUUUGCUCACAAGGACAUCUGAAAUAAGCUGUUACAAUUACGCUUGACCCAAAGUUAUCAAAAAAUAAGAGACUACUAUGUCCACAAUGUUUAGAGAAUACAAUAAUAGAUGGGAAAGCAAUAGGAUUAAAGAUUAUGAUUUCAGAAAUUAAAGAUGCUUAAGAAAAGAAGAUAGAAAAAUUAGAAUAUAUAAUUUAAUGCUAAAUUAAAUUAAUUGAAUAAUUAUCUGAUAUUGUUGAUCAGAUAAGAUCAAACAUAAUCCAAUAACUUGACUAAAUAAUUACUAUAUUGAGCUAAUGGAUUCAGAAUCUACAAUAACAAAUAUAAUAAUAUUCUAAAUACAGCUUUCAAGAUGAAUUAGAAGCUAUUAUUUAGAACUAAUAUAACACUGAUGAUGAAUUAUAAUUAAUAAAACAUGAAAUUUAGAAAAGUAAUAACUCUUGGACAUAAAAAUUAAAUUCUAAAUUAGAUUAAGUAAGUAAGCAAGAUUAGUAUAAAAAAUUCAGAGAAGUAUUGUAAAGUUCAGAAUUAAAUGGUUAGUUAUUUAAUCAGAGUGAAUAAGAAUAGCUUGAAGGAGAGUCUUUAUAAUAAAUUACUUCUUAUUAAUAAAAUAUUUUAGAGGAGGGAGAAAUUAGACUUAAAUUAAUUGAUUAAUCUGUUAAAUAAAGUGAUAUAUGCAAAGCAAUCGUUUUUGAUUCUACUGGGUCAAUUAUGAUAUCAACUUUAGAUAAUGAGAUUAAAGUAUGGAAAUUUCUAAAUGGAACAUUGUAAUUAACAUCAACUUUGGAAGGACAUACUGAUUAGAUAUAAUGUUUAAUUUAUAGUAAGAAAUAGAAUUCUUUUAUUUCAGUUGCCUUAGAUUAGACAAUAAGAUGCUGGAAAUAUUAGAACUAAAAUUUAUGGGUUAGCUCAUAACCUUAUUAAUAACACAAAGACUUUAUAAGAUGUAUUAUAUUGAAUUCAAAUGAGGAUUUAGUAUUUUCUGGGAGCGAAGAUAAAUCAAUUAAAGUUUGGAAAGUUGAUUUUCAUCAAAAUAAAUUGAUAUAUUAUUAUACAUUAGAUAAACAUAAUAAUUAUGUUAUCUCAUUAAGUUUAAGUUAAUCAGAAAAUUUAUUAGUGUCAUGUGCAUAAGAUUAGAACUAAAUUAUUAUUUGGGAAAGAAGAUAAUUACAUAAAUAUGAAUUCAAAUAGUUUGUUAAAUAGUCAGUUUUAGACUAUGGGUUUUAGGUUAAAUUUAUUAAAGAGAAUUACUUUAUUUGGAUAACUGGUGGCUAACAAAUUGAUAAACUCUACAUAUUUGAAUUUAAUCAAGGAGUUUUUUAGGAGAGCAAGUGGAAGACAGUUCAAUUUAUGAUAAAUAAUUAAAUAUAUGACGAAAAUUGUUUUCCUAUUAUUUAUAAUAAAGAGAGAAAUUUGAUAGUAAUAAGACAUAAAACGUUUAUUUACAUACUUAGAGAAAUGAAUGAUGGAACUGUCAAAAUUGUUAAUUAAUUAAAUUGCAAUAUAAAUGAUAUUUAUGGGUCUGUCACUAAUAAUGGGCAAUAUUUGGUAUAUUGGGAUGGGGAUAAUGAAGGAUAUUCUAUUUAUGAAUUAUUGUAUAAAUGA